UGCAUGACUCGUCCAACUUAUGUGUGCUACUUUAGGCGUUUUCUAUAUAAACAUAUCAGAUACACCAUAUAGCUAAAAAUAGGCCGAAACCCUUUCUUUGCCUUUUAAUUUCAAUGACUGCAUCGAUCAAGUUAACAAGCACGGUGCUCGUUGCAGCCAUGUUGGUCUUUGCCAUCGUCCCUGGCACUGAGGCAACAAUAGGAUGCGGCGCCGUCCUGUCGACUUUAUCUUCCUGCCUGCCGUAUGUGACCGACCAAGGUCCCUUAGGCGCAUGUUGUGGUGGUGUUAAGUCUCUCUAUGUUGCAGCUAAGACCACAACUGACAAACAGAGCGUGUGCGGUUGUCUGGAAUCACUUGCCGGCUCAGUCCCAAACGUCGACCUUGCCAAGGCGGCAGGACUCCCGGGCCAAUGUGGUGUCAAUAUUCCUUACAAGAUUAGCCCUUCCGUUGAUUGCUCAAAGGUGAAGUGAGUUUAUUGCAAUGGAAGGAUAUACUCUUGCAACAGCCUGCCUAGAUAUAGUAUAAAUGAAUAAAGGGGACUAGCUCUAUUGAGGGAAAAUCUAUUGCUUUCUUCACACGGUGGGAUAUUGUUGUCGAGUCAGCAAUAUUAAU